AUGGCUUGGGUUCUUCGUUUCAUAAAAAGAACUCACUCGACAGAUGAUUUAAGAAUUGAUGAAAUAACAUAUGCAGAUAUUAUUAUAUGUCGUUUAGUACAAAGCGAUUGUUAUCAAAACGAGAUAAAGUAUCUCCAAAACCUGAAAGCUGUGCCUAAAUCUAGUACGAUACACUCAUUGGUUCCUUACUUGGAUGAAAAUCUAUUGCUUAGAGUUAAUGGACGUUUAGAUGAAGCCGUUUUUCUACCUUUGAAUGCAAGAAGGCCAAUUAUCUUACCUCAAAAGCAUUAUGUUUCUGAACUCAUAAUGAAGCACUAUCAUGUUAAAAAUCAUCAUCAGAAUAUGGCGAUAACUAUUAACGAACUGCGACAAAAAUGUUGGAUACCCCGUAUAAAAUCCGCAUACAAAAUGGUAGUUAAGAAAUGUUAUGUUUGUAGAUAUGAUAAUGCCAAACCUACACAAUCAUUAAUGGGAACUUUGCCACCUGAUCGUGUUAAUCCAUUCGUGCGGCCAUUCUCUUAUAGUGGAGUUGAUUUAUUUGGUCCUUUUAAUGUUGCUAUUGGUCGCCGUAAGGAAAAACGCUGGGCUGUACUAUUUACAUGCUUAACAACUAGAGCAGCACACAUUGAGUUAGCUGAAAAUCUUUCGGCAGGUGCCUUCAUUUUGUGCUUUAGGAACUUCUUAAAUAGACGUGGAACGUCUGUUAGAUUGCGAAGCGAUAAUGGCACAAAUUUUAUUGCAUCUCAAAAACUUUUGAAAAAAGAAGUAAGACUUCUAAAUAUUGAUGAAAUUACAAAAGAAGCAGCCAAACAUGAUAUUGAUUGGAUUUUCAAUUGUCCGGCUAAUCCCAGUUCUGGUAGUUAA